GAGCACGUGAGAGCAAGAUGGGAUUCUUUUCUUUGUCUCUUUACUUCCUCAUUCCUUCCUCUCUUCUUCUUGCUCUUUCUUAGCCAGCUAUUUCAGCAACCUGAUCUCCCCCUCCUUCUUUCCAUUGUCCUCUCCAUCUGUCAAUUUCACCCCCCUUUUUCAAAAGAAAGAGGGGAGGGGGAAGGAAAGAGAGGGGCCAACGUGAGCAUGAUGGUCCUCUCAGUGGAUUCCUCGGAGGAGAGUGAGGGAAGGAAGCUCGCCCGAGGUGGGGGUUCUGCUUCUGCGGUUCAGCAUUGGGACUCUUCUGCCCUCUCCAGCACCACAAAGGAGAUGUCUGCAGGAUUAUGGCUGAAGGGGAACCAUCAGAAGCGUCAUUGGAAAGAGCUGAAGAGCAGAAGGAGGAAUGGAAAGUGUGGAGUAAAGAUGGAGCAAAGAGACAACAGGGGAGACACACAGAGAAGCUGGGGGAUGAAGCCAGUACUUCUCAGGGAGGUGUAAAUAAAAUUCAGGGGGGUGCUGAUCACCUGAAGGAAAUGAGAACAUCUCCUAAGUGCAGUAAAAUCUUAACUUGCCCAAAAGCCCUGAAUAUACAUCCAAGACGGCAUAUGAGAGAAAAAGCAUAUAAAUGUUUAGAACGUGGAAAGAGUUUCAGUUACAGUAGCUCCCUUACAAAACAUCAAAGAUCUCAUUCAAGGGACAAACCUUAUGAAUGCUUGGAGUGUGGAAAGAGCUUCAGUCAAAGUGGCACCCUUACUACACAUCAAAGAACUCAUACAGGGGACAGACCUUACGAAUGCUUAGAUUGUGGAAAGAAUUUCAGUGACAGUGGCCACCUUACUAGACAUAAACGAACUCAUACAGGGGACAAACCUUAUGAAUGCUUGGAGUGUGGAAAGAGCUUCAGUCAGAGUGGCAGCCUUAGAGGACAUCAAAGAACUCAUACAGCCAAGAAACCUUAUCAAUGCUUUGAGUGUGGAAAGAGCUUUGGUGACAGUAGCUCCCUUACUAGCCAUAAACAAACUCAUACAGGGGACAAGCCUUAUGAAUGCUUUGAGUGUGGAAUGAGUUUCAGUCAGAGUGGCACCCUUACUAGCCAUAAACGAACUCAUACAGGGGAGAAACCUUAUAAAUGCUUGGAGUGUGGAAAUAGCUUCAGUCAGAGAUCCUCCUUUACUUUGCAUCAAAGGACUCAUACAGGGGGCAAACCUUAUGAAUGCUUGGAGUGUGGAAAGAGCUUCAGUCAGAGUGGCAGCCUUAGAGGACAUGAAAGAACUCAUACAGGAGAGAAACCUUAUCAAUGCUUUGAGUGUGGAAAGAGCUUUGGUGACAGUAGCUCCCUUAGUGGACAUCAAAGAAUUCAUACAGGAGACAAGCCUUACAAAUGCUUUGAGUGUUGAAAGAGCUUUAGUCAGAAUAGGAAUCUUCAGGCACAUCAAAGGAUCCAUACAGGGGGAAAGCCAUAGAAAUGCUUUUGAUGUAGAAAAAGCCUGAAGCAGAGUUCCAGUCUUAAUGUACAUUAGAAGUUCCAUACAGUGAAGAAACCAUCUAAAUGUUUGGAAUGUGGAAAGAGCAUUACACCCUUGCUACAGAUAAAAUUUAAUUGAGGUUCACACUGGUGGAAAACUUGUUCUGUUCACUUCUCAGUACACCUCUUCUACAUAAUAGAUGCCUGUAGGAUAUACUAGUGGAAGGAAUUGUUAGGAAUGUUUGAGCUGUUAGGAAAGUUUAAGUGAAGGUUGUUACUGAGCUCAGUUUUGGGGUCAAAUCUGCGAGGAUGGUUGUAGGGGCAAAUAAAAACUUCAAGAUACCUAGAUGUAAUGAGGAGGCUUAGUAUGGCAUGCCCCAGUUCCCCUGUCUCAUAAUUGUCUCAUACCCCUGAUCUAUAGGGUGUUUGUGGGGUGCUUAUUGCUUUUGCAAACUGCUUGAAUCUAAGAGAGCUCUCUGUGUAGAACAGCAAGCUGAAAUUGCGGGAUACAAAUUAAAUAAAUAUAGCACACAUGAGGCCUUAGAACAUAAUUUAUUGAAUUAGUCUGCAGAACAUAUCAAGAGAGUGUUGGGAGUAAAGCACCAACACAAUGGUAUAAAUAACCUGAAGUGGGGUGGGGGAAGAGACAGAAAGGCAAUCUAGUCUUGCCUCUGCUGAUUCCUCUUCCACAGAGUUUGGUGUUUUUGCAGGCUUUGCUCCUCUUUACUCCCUUCCUGUUUUUCUUCAAAAUCUCUCCGAGUGCAAGCCACAUGGCUGUUUCAGCGUGUAUGAUUUUUCUGCUUUGUUGUAAUAAACCUUAUGUUUCUUUAAA